CCUAGUGCUGGUAUCAACCUAGAAAAUUUGAAAAAGAUCAACCCAGUAACUUAGUUUUGGUAAACCAUUCUCUACAAGCACAUAGGUCGUUGAAAUUUGGCUCUCCUUAUGAUGUCAUAAGGAGCUCUUAUUAUAAUAAUACCACCCCUUAAUCCAACCACAGCACUGCCAUUUAGUGCAGAGAAAAAAAUUAUUCACAGAACAAUUGAGUUUCAAUUUCAACAAACCACUAUCAUUGUGAUCAGUGUUUGCACUUCAUCUGCUCAUGUGCAUUUUAAAGGACACACCCAAAACGGCACAUUUUUGCACACACCUACAAAGUGGCAAUUUUAACAUGCUAUAAUAAAUUAUUUAUAUGGUAUUUUGAGCUAAAACUUCACAUUUGUGCUCUGGGGCCACCAAAGAUUUAUUUGACAUCUUAAAAAAUUCCUGUGACAUGGCCCCUUUAAAAACUUGCAAAAAGCGUUUCUGAAUUAACCAGACAUUUGCACAAAAUGUCACACCAAAUCCAAAAUUUUAUAUAGUCCACUGUCUGAUAAAGAAAAAUGAUAACCAGUUUCAUAGGUUUGUGUUUUACUUAAUGGCGGGGUGCAUGAUUUUUGAAAAACAAAGUCAGCAGUAAAGGGCCUGUCUACUAAUCGACAUCAUUGCCUGGGUUGCAUAUAUGUGGGGCGGGUCUAUCAAAAGAAGGUCCAGAUUCUAUUGGGGUAGGGGUGUAUUAGUCUUGGUGAUUUCAAAUUUCAACAUUGGCUUUCAGAGAUCAUGCACCCCGCCUUUAAGCAUGAGUGUCCUACUUGGGGUGAAUUUCGUUAAAGUGGAACACUGCAUAAUGUGGGACACCUAAGAGUCAAGUGUUUGUAGUCCCCCCAAAAAACAUUCAAAUUUCACAGAAAUUAAAAAAAUGUCCCCCUUUAGGGCAAUUCACCCUAAUAUAAGUUUUUAUUUACAGCCCUGCUGAAAAAGGUGAAAAUGACAUGACAGUUUUCUAACUGGGGAAGUUGAUUAAGCAAUCUUUUUCCGACUGGUUUUGGCCACUAUUUCAACUGGUCAAGGUGGAAAACCAAGAUGAUAGAUUUUUAACAAGCUACUUUUAGCUAAAGCCAGCCAGCUUGGGCUAUUUUUAGUUUUUUGUUCAUCAAAGAAAUGUAUGUCAUUUUAUCUGUGAAUAUCUUUGUAGAAAAUGAAUUAGUUACAGCACAACAUUACACGCGGUCGGAACGUUUUUUUAAGAGUAUUUCUACCCGGAAAGUAAUUGUGUAGUACAUAAACAAACCUACCUACAUGCGAAUGAAAGAAAUGUGCAUUUGAAUCGUAAGUGGAGACUAAUGAAGUAAACACAAACAUCGCGUUUUACAAAAAUGUCACAAGAGGCGUCUGACGAAAUGUCCGUUUUAUCAGCCAUAUACUGCGGACUUGAUGAAUUCGAGCUGUUAGAAGAGUCAGCUGAGAUGGGACUGGUGUGCCGCAUACAAACACUGAUGGAGAGGAACAACGAGAAAACUCCACUAAGCUUGGUAUUUCACAUCUCACCUGACUACCCCAACAAUCCUCCAGAUAUCAGCAUCAGUUCCAGCCAUUUAUCGAGGAAACAGUGCCAUGAGCUGAGAAACCGUUUACUGGACAAAGCCCGGUCACUUCCAGCAGAGCCCAUGGUCCAUGGCUUAAUUGUGUGGCUUCAGGAAAACUUCUCUGACUUAAUCAAAACAACUAACUGCCAUUCAGCUGAGAUCAUACCAGAAAUGAAAGAAGAAAUCUGGACGGCUUUACUACAUUUGGACCAUAUGAGAUCCAAAGCAAAAUACAUCAGACUGAUUGAAAAAUGGACCUCAGAUUUGUGUCUCACUGGUAGACUUUUUAUGGGAAAGCUCAUAUUGAUUCUGCUGCAAGGAACAAAGGAAAAUAUUAAAGAAUACAUCCACCUUCAGAAGACUGUGAAAGUUGACGUUGAUUCAUCAGGGAAACGCUGUAAAGAGAAGAUGAUGAGUGUCCUUUGUGAGACCCCACAAACAGAGGAGAAGAUUAUAAUAUCAACAUUUGAAGUAAAAGACAUUUUAUCACUUGAUGACCUCAAGGUGGAAUUUAACCUUCUCGGUUUAACUGAGCUUUACAAUCAGUUUGUGCCGUCACUGAUCUAGCAUGGCCCAGCUCCAUGUAACACAAACUCUCUACACUGGGUGGUUUUUGACUGGUGGAUUCCCAGCAUGCUGUUUUCUUCGGUUCUUAUAAUGUAAGGUAUACUUCGUGAUGUACACUCAAAACAGUGGUACUGUGUGACUGAUAGGGCUGUCGAAAGAUGAAUCCCGAUUAAUUGCAUACAAAAUAAAAGUUUGUUUUUGCAUAACAUAUUUGUAUGUAUGCAUGCAUGCAUGCAUGUAUGUAUAUAUGUAUGUAUGUGUGUGUGGUUAAACAUAAUAAUUACACACACAUAUAUUAUGCAAAGAAACACUUUUAUUUUGUAUGCGAUUAAUCGCGCUUAAUCUUUGCCCAGCACUAAUUUUUAUUUAUUUAUAUAUAAUAAAAUAUAUCAAAAUUUAAAUAAAAAUAUAUACAUUUAAAUCUUUCUUAAGUACAUACAUGCAUGUGUGUGUAUUUAUAUAUACAAAAUAAUUACACACAGUGCACACACAAAUAUUAUGCAAAAACAAACUUUAAUUUUGUGUGCGAUUAAUCGCGCUUAAUCUUUGCCCAGCACUAAUUUUUAUUUAUUUAGUAAGGAAUAAUUGACGACGGGCCAUUGAAUUAUAAGAAAAUAAUGCACACCAAGGUGGUAAUGCGGCACGACGCGAAGGACCGGAGUCAGUUAUUCCGCUUAUACCACGUUACCACAAACAUUGCUCUGGUGCCUAUUUUUAAGACAUUUGAAAAGAUAGGUGUGCGCUUUACAGAAAAAUAAUCAACACCCAUAGAACAUUUCUCAGCCAAUCAGAAUGCAGCAUUCAACAGACUCGUGGUAUAAUAUAUAAUAAAAUAUAUAAAAAUUUAAAUAAAAAUUUAAUUUAAAUCUUUCUUAAAUACAUACAUGCAUGUGUGUGUAUUUAUAUAUACAAAAUAAUUACACACAGUGCACACACAAAUAUUAUGCAAAAACAAACUUUAAUUUUGUGUGCGAUUAAUCGCGCUUAAUCUUUGUUCAGCACUAAUUUUUAUUUAUUUAUAUAUAAUCAAAUAUAUCAAAAUUUAAAUAAAAAUAUAUACAUUUAAAUCUUUCUUAAAUACAUACAUGCAUGUGUGUGUAUUUAUAUAUACAAAAUAAUUACACACAGUGCACACACAAAUAUUAUGCAAAAACAAACUUUAAUUUUGUGUGCGAUUAAUCACGAUUAAUAGUGACUGAAUAUAAAUCUCAGAUCGAACAUACACAACAUGCUUGUUGAAUGAAACUGUAAAAAGACUUCGAGUUAAAAUGUAAACUACAAACUUAUAUGUUAUUCUGACCAAGUUGUAGUUAAAACGUUCAAACUUUUUUUUUAUUGAGCUUAAUAUGCAGUUUGUUCUAAGUUAUAAAACCAGGUUUAGGUGCAGUUGACAAAAUAUAAAUAUAUAACCUAUCAGGGUGGUACCAGUUUGUUUCAAAGACCCUCAGUCAUUGUUGGGUUCAUAGAGAUUGCAAUACAAAGGCAUCACUUAUUGCAAUAACAGUGUUUAAACUCUAGGGGGCAAACUCAAGCUAUAGUUCAUCAGAGCAUCGGUUCAUUUAAGGCAAAAUCAAUAAUCUUAUCUCCUCUUCAAUUGAAGUACAAAGUUUCCCUCAUUACUUAAUGUUUAGAAUAGAGUUUUUCUUUAAUACAGUUAACACAAAGUAAAUCUUAGUUUGAAAGUGUUUCGAUGGUGUGAAGAUGUGCUUUAAAUAAAUCUUGUAAAUUGAAUCUGAAUCACACUCGCUGACCUAAAAGGUAGGCUUUGUACGUCAAACAAAUUAAAAGCCAUCCUUUCAUUUCUAAUUACUUUUAACAGGUAAUUAAGAGUUUUAGUUUUUAAAAAUCAUCUGUAAUUAGAUAAAAAGUAUAAAGCAACUUUUUUUACGGUCUAUACACCCACACACAGAAAUGUUAUGAGUAAAUGGCUCGCUGUCAUCACAUAUUUUUCUUAAAACCACUAUGCUGCCUAAGAGGGUAUAGGAGCAAUUGACAUGAAAUUACGCUUUUUAAAUGUAAUUAACAAGGCUUAAUGAAAAUCACCUCCUCGCCCUUUACAAUGAUCCACUCUGAACUAUAAAUUCACCUUGCCUGACCUUUUCCCUGACAUGUUCUUACAAAACAACACUGCUUGUUAAAUGUCAUCCACUCAGUGGCAUUUACUUGUAUAAAACAGGGCUUUGAUCCACAAGAGAAGCGCAUUUUUCUACCUUUCCUAGGACCCAAGGCCAAGCUCAGCGACCUUGUGGGCCCCUCACCUGUUGAAUAUUUUAAUUAUUGCCAAUUAAAAUGAACAAAGGGUGAGUUGAACUUAAAACCUAUUGGCCGAAUGGCAUUCACAUUAUUAGCAAACUAUAACUUUUAUUCCUUGCUUUUCCUGUUCUCGGUAAAAGUACCCAUAUGGAAUUCUGUCACAUCAAUUCAGAAGCAUGACUUAAAAAUCACGAACCGCCGCGGCCCAUCGUCCUCACCUCUCUCCGUCAAUAAAGCAUGAACUCUGACCCGAGGAGGCCCAUGAUCUGAUGUCAAAUAUUGAACUGUAGUUAAAAAAAGACACAAAUUACAGCAACACAUAAGCUAUAAUCUUCACAUCGAAAAGACUCAUUUGGAUGCUGCUUAAUAAUAACUGAUUGUGGUGCAUUAGGUUGGCUCUCGUGGAUCAUCAUUUUGACUCGUGUUAAUGCUUUGAUGCCAUCUGCUUGCAGAGGUGCACAUUUGUCAUUAACUGACAUUAGUUUUGGAUUCUUCAUUAUUGAGCUCAUAUUCCCAAUUAUCAUAAUAGCUAAGAUGCGGAGGCUUGUUUGCAUGCAAAGACACACUCUGGAAUAAUGUGGCGUGUGAAUGCAGCCUGCUUUUUUAAUUAGACUGGAGCGCCGUGAAUGUUUUUAAGGUGAGAGAUAAACCCGCGGUUAGUUAACGAAACGAAAGAAAUGUUUUAGGUUUAGAAUAAACACACAAUGAGGCCAAACAUGGUGAUUUGGAAAAUAGCUUUCAUUAUCUUGAGCCGAGUUUUGGAUCAAUAUUUGAAAUAUAUCUUUACUUUAAGACUGACUUAGGUGUUUUAUUUCAGAUUUGUUUUUUAAUAUUAUCAAUUAAAAAUGUUUGGCUUGGAGUUGUGUGAGUUGUGGAUGAACAGCAGAGGGUGCCGUUGUGCUUUUAAGCAUGCAGUACACACGUUAAACAUGAUUUUUAGGUAUUCCUUAGCGUAACAACCAUCAAACACAAUGACAGCUGGUUUGUUUUUUAAAUGCAGAAGUUCGAAUAAAAAAAAUCUUGACUAAAAAUACAAACGCCACUGAGAUUUCUGACCACCACUCAAGCACAUUUAAGACAAACAUGCAGAAGGUACCUGUCAGGUUAUCUCAUUUUUUUUAUUUUUGGCCUCUCCUUCUCUCCCAUCUGCCCAUUUCCCUUUCCUCUCUGCUCCUGUGAUUUACAGCUAACCUUCUCUAAUCCAGUGAUGUGUGUGAAACUCACAGUGGUCUGACAAGCCGUGCAGCAGAAAGCCACAGAUGGGUUCCAAACAAAUGUCCCUUAUGAAGCACCUGUCUGCAUAUAGGGACUCAAAUUAAAUCCUGAAAUCUCUCCAUCUAUACUUGAGGACAGGAGAUUAGACUAAGAACCCUGUCAGUUUGGUGAAAUCUCAUUCAAUCGAAAACUCUUUAGAGUUGCUUGUUAGAUUUUGUAAGUUUAAUGUUCCCGUUUAAUUUGUUUGAUUGAAAGGUCUCUCCUUACUUUUCUGUCUAGUGGAUUUUAUCCGCUCACAGCCACUAUAGUGUGGUAAUUGUCACCACUGUGGAGCUGCCAGGGGUUAAGUGCCUGGUUUAUUGUCAUGCUGGACAUCAGUACUGAAGGUCCUAUCGACAAGUCAAAGUCAAGUCGAAGUUUAUUUAUAGAGCACUUAAAAAAUUUUUACGGUGUUAACCAAAGUCCUGUACAGACGUAAUUAUAAUAUAAACAGUAGCACAUAAACAACCUGACUUUAAAACUGCAUCACCUGUAGCUGCUGUACCAUACAGAUAAACUUUAUCAUAUGUUGGCAGACUAUAAAUUUUGGCAAUCCCUUGUUUGCAUUGCAGCUUCUUUUGGCCAAAAAUUGACCAUAAGAAUGAGUCUUAAUAUGGAUAUAUGAAUGGACACUACAUCCGUCAUGUUGAUACAUUACAUGUACGUGAAAUACGUCGUCAUAACAACAAGUGAGCCAUUAACUUUAACGAUGUUAAACAAGUAAGGUAUAAUGCAGUGGUCUCCAACAUGGUGCCCGCAGGUUGCCCGCACAAAGUCUGUGAGUUGCCCUGCCCGCCAAAGCACAUUUUAUUAAUAGCCUCAAUUGUAAUAAUUAUUUAUUGCAUAUUUUUUAUAUUAGCUUGGCUAUAUUUUAAACAAUUAUAAAACAUAUUAACAAAUAAAAUAAAAUCAAGAAGUAAAACAAAAUGCCUGUACAUUAUCCCACUUACACAGCUACACUGCAAAAAAUGAUGUGUUAAUUUUUAAUGCCAUUUAAGGCGUUAUUUCAUGUUAAAACAAAUGAAAGGGCCAACACAAGUUGUGUUAAAAACAGUGAUGGGAGUAAUGGGUUACAAAGUAAUUCCGUUACUGUAAUUCCACUACUUUUAGCGGCAAUUAACAUGUAACAAAGUAUUUUUUUUAAAUCAAGUAACGCAGUUACAAUUAGUGAAAUUUAAAUGAGUUGGUUACUCCUGUUACUCUAUUUUGUGGUAAAUGAACACUUGCAGACAAGACAUUUCUGAUAUAAUGUCGCAGGACCCUGGUGGGCAGCACAAUGAAUAAUAACACACAAGGUGUGUUAGUAUAGGGACAACACAUUAAAUGUAAGGAACAUUAAAUAUUUAUUUGCUGAAUUUUUAACAAAUGCAGACCUUCCGCAAGGAAAAUCUGUUUUACUUUCGGUUUUUAGAUAAGACAAGAUGUUUGAAUGUCAUGAACACACUAUUUGGUUUAAUCAUUUGUAAAUAUAAUGUCAUUAAAAGACAUAUUUAUAUUUAAUUUUUGUAUAAUAUUAAACUGUACUUGUCAAAAUGAUUUGCAGCAUCCGGGUUACCGUGUGUUAUUAGUUUUGAGCGGUUGUUAUCUGGGCAUAACAAACCUGCAAAUGUCAAGACUUGCCAAUCAGAAUCAAGCAUUCCAAUGAGCUGCAAUUAAACCACAAGGAACAACUGUUUGCCUUAUGUAUUAACAUUUGUAUAGAGCUGCGUUACCUCUUUCCAACAUUUUUGAAUAUGAUGACGCCUCCCCUACCAGUAAAGUGUCCAUCGAAUGCACAAGUCAAAAUCUUGCAGAAUGUAUUAGGUCAUCGGGUACUUUUGCCAGAGGCGGACACUACUUGAGUAAUUUGAGUAAAUUUUCCAAGCAUCUGUGCUUUAUCAGUGUGUUUGUUUUGGGAAAAAAUUUACUUUACU